AUGGAGGUCCUGACACUUAACAACUGUUUUUUGAAGUCGAAAGCCGACAAGAAAGCAACAGUCAAGAUUUCGAGGGAUGGAAUAGCAAUCAAGACAGAGGAUGGAGAAGUAUACACAAUGGAGAAGGACGAAGUCAAAGAUGCAGAGCUGUUUUAUGGAGUAAGAAAAAUGGCCAUAAGAAUAUUUGGAAGUACAGUCUAUGAACUCAAUAAUGUGGACCAAAACUACAUUGACGAGUUAAAAAGAAUGUUUUCCGAAUACUUCAAGGUUAGUCUGUAUGUCAAGGAGCUGGAGAUAGUCGACGUCCUUUCUGGGGAGCUUGGGAUCAAUGGGCAGAGAGCACUGGAGUUCCGAAACACAAAGACCAUACUUGAGAUUCCUGUUGAGGACAUCGAAAGCGUCGUCGACAUAAAGAACGAACUUUCUGUAUCUCUGAAGGAUGUGGAGAUAAGGUUUAUUUCUAACAAGAAGACCAUUGAGGGAGUCAAGGAAGGAUGCAGCUCCUCGGUUGAUGACGAGAUAUUUAAGAUGGAGGGUCUUUCUUUUGCCUAUCCGAGGGGGAAGUUCAACCUGAUCUUCUUUCGAGAUUACCUAAGGUUAGUUGGGAGCAGCUACGACCACAAGAUAUACUACAAAAGUAUCAAGCAACUCUAUGUCCUUGAGAAAGGAUACAUUCGAGACGAAGACAAAUAUGCUGUGGUGUGUGUCGACCCUCCUAUCAGGCAGGGGCAGACGAAAUAUGACUGCAUUGUUGUAUCGUUUGACGAUUCGGAGGGAGAGAUAAGUGCUAGUGACGAAAGGCUCAAGGAGGAGUAUUCUGGGCUGUUUUCCGAGAUCUUUUCCGAGGUGAUGGAAGCUUUAUGUGUUACCAAGUCUGUGAGAAGUGCUUUUGAGUCUAGAGAUGGAAUGAGAUGCCUAAGGUGUGCAAUGAAGGCAUACGAGGGGCAGUUAUAUCCUCUGGAAGACUGUGUUCUCUUUCUUCCCAAAGCCGUUAAGUUGGAUUUAAGUGAGAUAUCGCUUGUGGAGUUUAGUAGAAUCAACUUGAGCAGUAUGCAGGCCAAGACAUUUGACAUGACUUUGUUCUGCGAGGGUCCGUACGCUUUCAGUGGGCUUUCGAAAGAUGAAUUCGGACUUCUGGAGCAGUACUUCCACUCGAAGGGAAUUAAGGCGAGGAGCGAGGUUAUUGACGACGGAGCAAGCUCCGACUUUGAGGAGGACGAGUAUGAAUCUGAAAACGAUAGCAUGAUUGUGGAUUCUGAUGAAUAUGAUUGA